CUAACUUUCGUUCACACUUGGAUAGGCUCAUAAAGAAAAUACAAGGUCAGCCCCGCAGCCAAUUAGAGUGGGGUCUGGCCCACCGCAUAUGAGAGCCAAAGGAGAGGAGAGCCCUGCCUCUGGCGUAGAAAACGAGCCUCUGCUGCCGUCAGACACAGAGAAGUUAGGAAAGGGGGAGAGCAGUCUUCUGCACUGUAAGGGAGUGUUAUAGCGCAAGUGAUUAAUUACUCCGGAGUGAAUUACUUGUCCACCGCUUUGUGUAUCCAAUAAAUUAAAGGCUCCUCAGACCUUUACGCACACAGGUGAAGUGUUGGAUGAGCGCACAGGGACCGCUGCGCACCGCUUUCUGCAGACGCACCCCUUUAAAAGGAUACAUCGGACGCAUGCUGGGACUUUUCUGCACUGAAGUCAAAAAUUAUCUAUUGGAGUUCUUUUGAGAUCGCCUAUAUGUCUGCUGUCAAGACAGAGUCUGUGCGAGAUAACACAGGUCUGUGAGAUCACCCGGAUGGUUGGAAGACAGACGCUCCGGAUGGACAACGCUUCUUGUUCCAGGGUGGUGGUGGAUGACAGCCCUGCAUCCAGUCCGAGCUCCAGCCCCAGUCCGGACGGGCGUCGUCGGGAUCUCCAGCGGGCCGGCGGGGUGCUGCAGAGCGGCGGGCUCGGCGGGCUCGGCGGCAGAGGACGCCCGGCAGCAGCUAACGCAGCGCGGGAGAGGAGCCGCGUGCAGACCCUGAGAACCGCGUUCCUGGAGCUCCAAAGGACUUUGCCGUCCGUGCCACCGGACACCAAGUUGUCCAAACUCGACGUGUUGAUACUGGCCACCACCUAUAUUGCCCAUUUGACUCGAACACUACAGGAGGAAGGAGCAGAGGAGGGAGAGAACACAAAACAAACAGAGGCAUUACACUCUUUAAAGGGGGACGGCUACCUGCACCCAGUCAAGAAAUGGCCCAUGCGAUCCAGACUGUACGUCGGAGCAUCCGGACAGUUCCUCAACACAAAUCGUUCAGAGUCAGAGAAUCAAGGCCCUUCUUCCUCCACCUCCAAGUAACAGGCUUAAAAUCAUUUGUAAGACGAUAUUUCACAUUUGCAUGAGUCCAUGCUGUUUAUUGUUGCCUUAUGAGUGUAGAAUACUUAGCUUAAUGUUACUUUACUUUCACUAAAAACCCUGCCAAUAGGAAGACGAUGUAAAUUAAUAUAUUAAAUAUUGUAUAGAUUUUGAAGAGACAGACAUGAUGUUUCUCUGUUGUUGUUUUGGUUCAUCCUGUUUGCCCUGCAUUGUGCAGCUCCCUACA